AAAACAAUUCUUGACAUAAACAUUUUCUACAUGCGUUCACAGAAAUCGAUGACGUAAUUAGAUUGUGUGGUGUUCUCUGCAGAAAGCAUCGGGACAAAAUGUCGGACUCGGACUUUAUGUGCGAUGACGAUGAAGAAUACGAUCUGGAAUAUUCUGAAGAGAGUAACUCAGAACCUGAUGUUGAUCUUGAGAACCAGUAUUAUAAUUCUAAAGCCUUAAAAGAAGAUGAUCCUCGAAAAGCUCUGGAGAAUUUCCACAUGGUCCUUGAAUUGGAAGGAAAAGAUAAAGGAGAAUGGGGCUUCAAGGCCUUAAAACAGAUGAUUAAAAUUAAUUUCAAAUUGGAAAAUUAUGAUGAAAUGAUGAAGCGCUAUAAACAACUGCUAACUUAUAUCAAGUCUGCAGUUACUCGCAACUAUUCGGAGAAAUCAAUUAACUCCAUUUUGGAUUAUAUUUCUACAUCUCAACAGAUGGUAUUGCUUCAGAAUUUUUAUGAAACUACUUUAGAAGCUCUAAAAGAAGCCAAAAAUGAAAGACUAUGGUUCAAAACCAACACCAAGCUUGGUAAACUUUAUUUUGACAGAAACGAAUAUGGUAAAUUGAAAGCCAUUCUGAAAGAGCUUCAUAAUUCCUGCCAGACUAAAGAAGGUGAAGAUGACCUAAAAAAAGGUACACAGCUUCUUGAAAUAUAUGCUUUAGAAAUCCAGAUGCACACUGUACAAAAGAAUGAUAAGAAAUUAAAGAAACUAUAUGAACAAUCAUUGCACAUAAAAUCUGCUAUACCACAUCCCUUAAUCAUGGGAGUGAUACGAGAAUGUGGUGGCAAAAUGCACUUGAGGGAAGGAGAAUAUGAAAAAUCACACACAGACUUCUUUGAAGCAUUUAAAAAUUAUGAUGAAUCUGGUAACCCCAGACGCACUACAUGCUUGAAAUAUCUUGUUUUGGCCAAUAUGCUGAUGAAAUCCGGAAUUAACCCUUUUGACUCUCAGGAAACUAAACCUUACAAGAAUGAUUCUGAAAUAUUAGCUAUGACUAAUUUAGUUAGUGCUUAUCAAAACAAUGAUAUCGAUGAAUUUGAGAAAAUUCUCCAAAGGAACAACAAAAAUAUCAUGGAGGACCCAUUUAUUCGUGAACAUAUUGAAGAUUUAUUAAGAAAUAUCCGUACCCAAGUAUUGAUUAAGCUCAUCAAACCAUAUACUCGGAUACACAUCCCUUUCAUAUCAAAGGAACUGAAUAUCAUGCCACAAGAAGUUGAAAGUUUAUUGGUGUCUUGUAUUCUGGAUCAUACCAUAAAUGGCCGAAUUGACCAGGUGAACAAAGUAUUGGAACUGGUAAGAGAGACCACUGGUAUAGCACAGUACAAUGCCCUUGAUAAAUGGACGUCACAGCUGCACUCAUUACACCAGACAGUCAUUAACAAGAUGGCCUAAAUUAGAAUAACACAAGGGGUUCUUUUUGUUUGGUUUUGUUUUUACUUUUUUUUUCCUCUCCAGGUUUUCAUUUUGUUCAGAUAUUAAAAGAAAUCUAAAACAAAUUCGUACCUGUAAUUUACCUUGCUACAAUAAAACUGUUUUCUUUUAAAA